AUGUACGAUUACAUUCCAUCGAUUACGGAAAAACUGAAGCAUCGAUACGGUCCCAUGUACAAGGCUGGACUAGCGUUCGCUGUUAGAACCAAGGAAGUUGUGCAAGACUUCAUGCGCUGGUAUGUAGUAUGUAUCACUCUCAUACAGGCUAUACUUUGUUCUUUGGAAGAAAAGUGCAUCGCUCCAGAUGGUUCCAAUUAUGCUUGUGAAUUUAAUGACGGAAGUUACGACCAACGAGUCACCUGUCACCGCUUUGAUCAGUCGCUGAUGAGUCUGUUGUUGACCAAUCGCAACGACUACAAAGUACCGCUGUGGGCAACGAACGUCGAAAACUGUUUUACGAUAACUCCGGAAAGGAUCAGCAGAAGGACACCUAAGAUUUGCAAAAGCAUCUCGUGA